AUGGCGUCCAUGUUCGAGCAGCCCCGGAACGGGACCCUGUUCCUCGGCGGCCAGAAGAUCUCAGGCUCCGACAUCCGCGACCAGAACGUCCUUGCUACCCAAGCGAUUGCGAAUGUCGUCAAGAGCUCCUUCGGCCCCAGUGGCCUCGACAAGAUGAUGGUGGAUGACAUCGGCGACGUUACCGUGACCAACGAUGGCGCCACGAUCCUCAGCCUCCUCGAUGUCGAAGACCCCGCCGGCAAGAUCUUGGUCGACCUGGCGCAGCAGCAGGAUAAGGAGGUCGGCGACGGCACCACCUCCGUCGUCCUCAUCGCGGCCGAGCUGCUGCGACGCGGCAACGAGCUGAUGAAGAAUCGCAUCCACCCGACCACCAUCAUCACCGGCUACCGUCUCGCCCUGCGCGAGGCUGUCAAGUACCUCAACGAGAACGUCAGCAUCAAGGUCGAGAACCUCGGCCGCGAGUCUCUGCUCAGCAUCGCCAAGACGUCCAUGUCGAGCAAGAUCAUCGGCGCUGACUCCGACUUCUUUGCCAACAUGGUUGUCGACGCAAUGCUGGCCGUCAAGACCACGAACAACCGAAACGAGACAAAGUACCCCGUCAAGGCCGUCAACAUCCUCAAGGCCCACGGCAAGAGCACCCGCGAGUCGCUGCUGAUCAAGGGCUACGCGCUCAACUGCACCGUUGCCUCCCAGGCUAUGCCUACCUAUAUCAAGGAUGCCAAGAUUGCCAUCCUGGACAUGAACCUGCAAAAGGAGAGGAUGAAGAUGGGCGUUCAGAUCACAGUCGACGACCCGCAACAAUUAGAGCAGAUUCGCGCUCGCGAGUCGGGCAUGAUCCUCGAGAAGGUGGAGAUGAUCCUCAAGGCUGGUGCCAACGUCAUUUUGACAACUAAGGGUAUCGACGACCUGGUCCUGAAGGCAUUCAUCGAGAAGGGCGCCAUGGGCGUGAGGAGAUGCAAGAAGGAGGACUUGCGCCGGAUUGCGAGGGCCACCGGCGGUACGCUCCUCAGCACCCUGUCCGACCUCAACGGUGACGAGCGGUUCGACCCGUCCUACCUGGGCUACGCCGAUGAGGUGAGCCAGGAGCGCAUCUCGGACGACGAGUGCAUCCUCAUCAAGGGCACCAAGGCGCACUCUUCCGCGUCAUGCAUCCUGCGUGGCCCCAACGACUUCACUCUGGACGAGAUGGAGCGCUCCGUGCACGACUCGCUCUGCGCCGUCAAGCGAACGCUCGAGAGCGGCAGCAUCGUGCCCGGCGGCGGCGCCGUCGAGACGGCCCUGCACAUCUACCUCGAGGAGUUUGCCGGCACCGUCGGCUCGCGUGAGCAGCUCGCCAUCGGCGAGUUCGCCCAGUCUCUCCUCGUUGUGCCCAAGACGCUGGCCGUCAACGCCGCCAAGGACGGUGCCGAGCUCGUCGCCCAGCUGCGGUCACGACAUGCCCUGUCGCAGCGCAUCCAGGAGGGCGACGGCAGCGAGGACGAGAAGACUAUCGCCCGCAAGAAGGGUUACAAGAACUACGGCCUCGACCUCAUGCGCGGCAAGGUUGUCGACGAGCUCAAGCUCGGCGUCCUCGAGCCCAGCAUCAGCAAGGUCCGGCAGCUCAAGAGCGCCGUCGAGGCCUGCAUCAGCAUCAUGCGCAUCGAUACCCUCAUCAAGUUGGACCCGGAACAAAAGGAGGAUGACGGCCACGGCCACUAA